AUGAAACUACGAGGAUCUGAGUCGACCCUGACGUGGCGGACUUUGCUGACGGAAGUGAAUCGUAAUCCCUUACCAUUUCGGCCGGCCGGUGCGGUGCGAUCAGUCAACCCUGGGCCCCGGCCUUAUGGUUACAGGCACAGUAACAGCCGUCCCUCGUUGCAGCAACCAACUGGUAUUGGAGGUCACGAGUGCAGGACGUGA